AUGGAUUUUGUUAGACUUACUCAAGUAAUUAUUAUUUAUUAAUAUACUUAGGUUCUCAAUUGGAUUAUGGUUAUAUCACAAUACCAGUCACUUAACCAGAAAGUUAGAAAUGGUAAUUAAUAUAUGACCCACUACAUGUAGAUACAACUCCAACUAUUAUUUAUAUGAAUCCAUUUGCAUAUGGAGUAUUUAAGUUUAAUUCUGGAAUUUAUAGAUAUUUCAAUACCUUGGCUUCUUAUACUUAUUCCACAUAUUUGAUUGGAUUGAAAAUUUCAAUUAUGCUUUAUAAUGAUAUUCCAAUUAAUUGUGGAAUAUAGUUUAAGAUUAACAAUACUUAUUAUGGAUCCAUUUAUAAAAAUGCUUCUGGAAUUCAAACCCAUAAAUUCAAAAUCUCUUCAAUAUUUAUUUAAGGAUCCUAUUCAAUGUAUUCAACGAGUACAAGAUAUGAUUUAAUUUCAUAUGUUGACAUUCCAAAAUAUGCAUUUCUAUUCUCAGCUGUAGGAAAUUAUACGUAAAUAUUAUUUAUCAUGCUUAGUGAUGGCACAGCAGGAUGGGGAAUGGCUAUACUCUAAACUACUUCAGGAUAUUGUCCUUCAGAAUGUUCAUUGUGUGAAGUAUCAUUUAAAUGUAAAACAUGUUCAAGUGGCAUAUUUUAUCGAGAUGGUAGUUGUAUAUCCAGUUGCUCAUCUCCAUAUUAGAAAUAAAUUGGCACUUAUUGCUAUGAUUAUGAUGAUGAAACACCCUGUAUCAUAUAUUAUUAUAUGUAGACUCUGAAUAUUUGAUUUAAGAAUAUAUAGGUACAGCAGCUGACCCAGGAUAAUAUUCAUAAUAUACUUUAAUCUCUCAAAAUGGAUCAAACUUUUUAAAAGGUUCAGAUAUCUAUUUUUCAUAUUUCCAAGGAUAUAGAGUCUUUGGAGGACCUUUUGUAUGGGCAUAAGCUAAAUUCUAAAGGGUUCAUAAUAUAAUCAAUCCACAUCACAGUAUUACUAUAGCAUUUUAUAUAAUAUAUGGACCGUCAUUCCCUUCAGAUGGGAAAUUUAUAUAUACAAUUGAAAGUAAAACACCAGUCUCUAAAUCAACUGCAAGUAAUUAUUCUACUUAUUCUGAUGGUUCAAAAUACGAUAAAAUAUAUGAAAAAAUCCUUCAUAAUACAAAUACAUUAACAAUAACUUGGGAAUGCUUUGGACCAAAUAAUGAACCAAUCAAGGCAUAUUGUGGAUUCUAACAUUAUUAUAUUGCUGUUCAUAAUUGUUAACCUUAUUGCUUAUAAUGUUCAGAUUAAUCUACAUGUACUUAAUGGAACAGCACUUAUGAUUCUAAUAUCAUUAAAUUUUCUUAAGCGGAAUGUUCGAGUAAUCAAUAUUAUGAUAAAGAUUCUGUAAGAUGUUUAACUUGUCCAUCAUCUUGUUUAACUUGUACAUCUAAAUUAGAUUGUUAAACAUGUUAAUCAACAUAUACCUAAUCUAAAUUAGGAUGUACUUGCACUAUACAUUAAUAUGAAGAUUCAAAUUAAUGUUUUGAUUGUCCUAUUGAAUGUAAUUAAUGUUUAACUUCUACUUAAUGUAUAGAAUGCUUAACAACUAAUAAUAGACAAUUAUCCAAUGGAUAAUGUAUUUGUAUUGAUGGAUAUUAUCCUAUUGUGUCAAAUCCUUAAUGUUAGCUAUGUCAUUAAUUUUGUAAAACUUGUUAUGGGCCAACUUCUGAUGAAUGUUUAACUUGCAAUACUAUUGUUAAUAUUGAAAUGGUAGGAUCAACUUGUAGAUGUCCAGCUGGAUCUUAUUAUUAAGAUGCAACAAAAAUUUGUUAAUUUUGUCAUUCAUCAUGCUAAACUUGCUUUAGAACCACAAUUGAUGGUUGUUUAACAUGUGAUUCUACUGUAAAUAGAUUAUUAAAAGGGUUAAAAUGUGUUUGUGCACCUGGUUAUUAUGAAUUAAGUAAUGUUUGUACAAGUAUAUUUAAUAAUCAUAUUAUAGAUUGUCCAAUUACAGAAGAUUCCUCUCUUAGCUAAUGUUAUAAUUUAUGUAAUAAUAAUUAAUUUAUUUGGCAUACUGUUACUUGUAGUUCUUGUGAUACUGGAUUUCAAUUGGUGUCUGGAGAAUGUCAACCUAUAUGUGGAGAUUUAUAAAUUAAAGGAUAUGAAUAAUGUGAAGAUAAUAAUACACUCCUUAACGAUUUAUGCUAUAAUUGUUAAUUUUAAUGUCCAGCUCAUUGUUUAAAUUGUGAUUUAUCAACCACUUUACCUUGUCCUGAUAUUUGUGGGGAUGGAAUUAUUACAGGAGUCGAAGAAUGCGAAGAUGGAAAUACUAUUUAAUAUGAUGGAUGUUUUAAUUGUAAAUAUUAAUGUUAGCCUUAAUGUACAAAGUGUAUAAAAGGACUUUGUUUUGAGUGUGCAACCCCAGGAUGGUAUAUUGAUCCAACUGUUACUCCUUGGUAAUGCAAAGAAAAUUGUGGAGAUUAAUUAGUAUAUGGAAGCGAAUAAUGUGAUGAUGGAAACACUUUUGAUACUGAUGGGUGCAAAAAUUGUAGGUAUUUCUGUAGAAUUGGUUGUUCCUCUUGUGAUUAUACAACCAAUACAUGCUUAAGUUGUGCGCUCCCUGGGUUUACUCCCAUCUCUUACUAUUGUAAAAAUGUAUGUGGAGAUGGCUUAGUAGUAGUAGAUCCUUAUGGAUUCUUCUAAGAGUAAUGUGAUGAUGGUAAUACAAUAGAUUAUGACGGUUGCAGUAGCAAUUGCUAAUUUUAGUGUUAGCCAGCAACUAUUUGCACAAAUUGUGUAAAUAAUAGAUGUGAUACAUGCGCUACUGGAUAUUAACUUUCUGAUCAAAAAGUAUGUAAUCCAAUUUGUGGGGAUUCUAUGAUUGAGGUUGGUGAAUAAUGUGAGAACACAUUUAUAUUACCCUAUAAAGGUUGUAAUAAUUGCUAAGCGAGAUGUUAAACUUCUUGCCUCACUUGUGAUACUACUGGACUUGGUUGUCUAUCAUGUAAAACUGGUUACAAUAGAAUUGAUUAUUUAUGUUAUUCAAUCUGUGGAGAUAAAAUAAUUACUGAAGAUGAAUAAUGUGAUGAUGGCAAUUUAAUUAUUGGAGAUGGAUGCCAUUUCUGUCAAUUUAGUUGUUAGGACUCAUGUCUUUAUUGUAUUUAAGGAAUUUGUUAUGAUUGUUAAGAAGGAUAUUAAUUAAUAUAAAAUAAAUGUUACUCUAUCUGUGAAGAUGGUCUUUAGAAAAAUAAUGAGGAAUGUGAAAUUAGCACAUCCUUGCAGAUUUAUCAAAAUUGUUAAUCUUGUAAAUUUAUUUGUGAUUUGAAUUGCCUCGUUUGUUAAUUUGGUAUGUGUUAACAAUGCAAUGACGGAUAUGAGUUAUCCUCGAUCUAAAAAUAUUGUGUUAAGUCACUAAAUUAUAAUUUAAUGAUAAUAGAAAACUGUAGUCUAUAAAUAGGGAACAGUUGUAUUUCAUGUGAAGAUUAUGCCUACUUUGAAAAAGCUGAUUAGAAGUGCAAUUUAAUAGAAGCGCCCUUGAGUUUUUGUCAAUAUUAACUUAAAUUAUCACCAGAUCUAUAUUGUAGUUACUGUUUUGAUUAUUGUACAUCUUGUAAUGAAAAUAAUUGUAUAGAUUGCUAAGAUGGCUAUUAUUUAGAUGAAAAUUUUUCUUGUCUUUCAUUUUGUGGAGAUGGAAUAUUAGCACAUGAUGAACAAUGUGAAAUUCAUGAUAAAAAUUGCUUAAGUUGUAUGUUUGAUGCUCCAAAAUUAUGUGAAUUAUAUUUUGAAGAUCAAUGUUUCGAAUGUGAACAUGGAUAUUUUUUUAAUUAGUAUAAUAAUGCUUGUGAAUCUUAGUGUGGAGACGGAAUAGUAGUCCAUGAUGAAGACUGUGAAGAUAAUAAUUAUAUCGAAUUUGACGGUUGUUAUUAUUGUAAAUAUUCUUGUAGUUAAUACUGUUUAAAUUGUUUCAAAGGAGUGUGCUAAUAAUGUGAUUAAAAUUAUUUACUUAGAGAUGGAUUUUGUUAUGGUAAACAAAAUCAAAUUGAAAUAUUUCCAGAAUGUUAACUUAACUUAAAUGGAGAAUGUUUAAUUUGCGAAGAAGAUUUUUAUUUAAAUGAGUAUGGAGAUUGUGUUCCUAAAUGUUCAGAACGCUGCAUUCAUUGUUAUAAUGGUUAAUGCUUUGAAUGUGCAGAACAUUAUGAACUUUAUAAGGAUCGAUGCUUGUUUAUUUAGCAAUGCUAAAUAGGUUUGCAUUUGAGUUAAGAAUUGUAAAUUUGCUAAUCUUCAUGUGGUGAUGGGUAUGUAACUGAAUGGGAAGAAUGCGAUGAUUAAAACAUGGAACAAUUUGAUGGUUGCUAUUAAUGCAAAUAUGAAUGUGAUGAUAAUUGUGUUCAGUGCAUAUAUGGUGAAUGCUUUCAAUGUUCUUAAGAAUUUAAUUUAAUCGAGAAUAAAUGUUAAUCAAAAUGUUAAGAUUUAUGCCUUAAUUGUGUUUAAGGUGUAUGUUAGUUAUGCAGUAAUGGUUAUNUUGCCUCACUUGUGAUACUACUGGACUUGGUUGUCUAUCAUGUAAAACUGGUUACAAUAGAAUUGAUUAUUUAUGUUAUUCAAUCUGUGGAGAUAAAAUAAUUACUGAAGAUGAAUAAUGUGAUGAUGGCAAUUUAAUUAUUGGAGAUGGAUGCCAUUUCUGUCAAUUUAGUUGUUAGGACUCAUGUCUUUAUUGUAUUUAAGGAAUUUGUUAUGAUUGUUAAGAAGGAUAUUAAUUAAUAUAAAAUAAAUGUUACUCUAUCUGUGAAGAUGGUCUUUAGAAAAAUAAUGAGGAAUGUGAAAUUAGCACAUCCUUGCAGAUUUAUCAAAAUUGUUAAUCUUGUAAAUUUAUUUGUGAUUUGAAUUGCCUCGUUUGUUAAUUUGGUAUGUGUUAACAAUGCAAUGACGGAUAUGAGUUAUCCUCGAUCUAAAAAUAUUGUGUUAAGUCACUAAAUUAUAAUUUAAUGAUAAUAGAAAACUGUAGUCUAUAAAUAGGGAACAGUUGUAUUUCAUGUGAAGAUUAUGCCUACUUUGAAAAAGCUGAUUAGAAGUGCAAUUUAAUAGAAGCGCCCUUGAGUUUUUGUCAAUAUUAACUUAAAUUAUCACCAGAUCUAUAUUGUAGUUACUGUUUUGAUUAUUGUACAUCUUGUAAUGAAAAUAAUUGUAUAGAUUGCUAAGAUGGCUAUUAUUUAGAUGAAAAUUUUUCUUGUCUUUCAUUUUGUGGAGAUGGAAUAUUAGCACAUGAUGAACAAUGUGAAAUUCAUGAUAAAAAUUGCUUAAGUUGUAUGUUUGAUGCUCCAAAAUUAUGUGAAUUAUAUUUUGAAGAUCAAUGUUUCGAAUGUGAACAUGGAUAUUUUUUUAAUUAGUAUAAUAAUGCUUGUGAAUCUUAGUGUGGAGACGGAAUAGUAGUCCAUGAUGAAGACUGUGAAGAUAAUAAUUAUAUCGAAUUUGACGGUUGUUAUUAUUGUAAAUAUUCUUGUAGUUAAUACUGUUUAAAUUGUUUCAAAGGAGUGUGCUAAUAAUGUGAUUAAAAUUAUUUACUUAGAGAUGGAUUUUGUUAUGGUAAACAAAAUCAAAUUGAAAUAUUUCCAGAAUGUUAACUUAACUUAAAUGGAGAAUGUUUAAUUUGCGAAGAAGAUUUUUAUUUAAAUGAGUAUGGAGAUUGUGUUCCUAAAUGUUCAGAACGCUGCAUUCAUUGUUAUAAUGGUUAAUGCUUUGAAUGUGCAGAACAUUAUGAACUUUAUAAGGAUCGAUGCUUGUUUAUUUAGCAAUGCUAAAUAGGUUUGCAUUUGAGUUAAGAAUUGUAAAUUUGCUAAUCUUCAUGUGGUGAUGGGUAUGUAACUGAAUGGGAAGAAUGCGAUGAUUAAAACAUGGAACAAUUUGAUGGUUGCUAUUAAUGCAAAUAUGAAUGUGAUGAUAAUUGUGUUCAGUGCAUAUAUGGUGAAUGCUUUCAAUGUUCUUAAGAAUUUAAUUUAAUCGAGAAUAAAUGUUAAUCAAAAUGUUAAGAUUUAUGCCUUAAUUGUGUUUAAGGUGUAUGUUAGUUAUGCAGUAAUGGUUAUNAUGAUGGCAAUUUAAUUAUUGGAGAUGGAUGCCAUUUCUGUCAAUUUAGUUGUUAGGACUCAUGUCUUUAUUGUAUUUAAGGAAUUUGUUAUGAUUGUUAAGAAGGAUAUUAAUUAAUAUAAAAUAAAUGUUACUCUAUCUGUGAAGAUGGUCUUUAGAAAAAUAAUGAGGAAUGUGAAAUUAGCACAUCCUUGCAGAUUUAUCAAAAUUGUUAAUCUUGUAAAUUUAUUUGUGAUUUGAAUUGCCUCGUUUGUUAAUUUGGUAUGUGUUAACAAUGCAAUGACGGAUAUGAGUUAUCCUCGAUCUAAAAAUAUUGUGUUAAGUCACUAAAUUAUAAUUUAAUGAUAAUAGAAAACUGUAGUCUAUAAAUAGGGAACAGUUGUAUUUCAUGUGAAGAUUAUGCCUACUUUGAAAAAGCUGAUUAGAAGUGCAAUUUAAUAGAAGCGCCCUUGAGUUUUUGUCAAUAUUAACUUAAAUUAUCACCAGAUCUAUAUUGUAGUUACUGUUUUGAUUAUUGUACAUCUUGUAAUGAAAAUAAUUGUAUAGAUUGCUAAGAUGGCUAUUAUUUAGAUGAAAAUUUUUCUUGUCUUUCAUUUUGUGGAGAUGGAAUAUUAGCACAUGAUGAACAAUGUGAAAUUCAUGAUAAAAAUUGCUUAAGUUGUAUGUUUGAUGCUCCAAAAUUAUGUGAAUUAUAUUUUGAAGAUCAAUGUUUCGAAUGUGAACAUGGAUAUUUUUUUAAUUAGUAUAAUAAUGCUUGUGAAUCUUAGUGUGGAGACGGAAUAGUAGUCCAUGAUGAAGACUGUGAAGAUAAUAAUUAUAUCGAAUUUGACGGUUGUUAUUAUUGUAAAUAUUCUUGUAGUUAAUACUGUUUAAAUUGUUUCAAAGGAGUGUGCUAAUAAUGUGAUUAAAAUUAUUUACUUAGAGAUGGAUUUUGUUAUGGUAAACAAAAUCAAAUUGAAAUAUUUCCAGAAUGUUAACUUAACUUAAAUGGAGAAUGUUUAAUUUGCGAAGAAGAUUUUUAUUUAAAUGAGUAUGGAGAUUGUGUUCCUAAAUGUUCAGAACGCUGCAUUCAUUGUUAUAAUGGUUAAUGCUUUGAAUGUGCAGAACAUUAUGAACUUUAUAAGGAUCGAUGCUUGUUUAUUUAGCAAUGCUAAAUAGGUUUGCAUUUGAGUUAAGAAUUGUAAAUUUGCUAAUCUUCAUGUGGUGAUGGGUAUGUAACUGAAUGGGAAGAAUGCGAUGAUUAAAACAUGGAACAAUUUGAUGGUUGCUAUUAAUGCAAAUAUGAAUGUGAUGAUAAUUGUGUUCAGUGCAUAUAUGGUGAAUGCUUUCAAUGUUCUUAAGAAUUUAAUUUAAUCGAGAAUAAAUGUUAAUCAAAAUGUUAAGAUUUAUGCCUUAAUUGUGUUUAAGGUGUAUGUUAGUUAUGCAGUAAUGGUUAUUUCUUGAAUGAAUAUUUCAUCUGCAUAAAAAUAGAUUGCGAAUACGAUUUUAGUUGUACUUCACUUUGUGGAAAUGGUAUAAUAGAAGAUAUGGAAUAGUGUGAUGAUUAGAAUCUAUUUAAUGAUGAUGGUUGUAGCAAUUAUUGUGAAUAAACUUGUGAUGUUAAUUGUACGCGUUGUCUUGACGGUGUUUGUUUUGAGUGUAAAGAAGGGUGGAAAUUGGGGUUAUUCCUUUGUGAUCCAAUUUGUGGAGAUUCAAUUGUUGUUGGAGAUGAAGAAUGCGAUGACGGAAAUUAGAUUAAUUUUGAUGGGUGCUUUUAAUGUAAAUACUAAUGUGCACAGCAUUGUGAAAAUUGUUUGAAUGGAAUUUGUUAAUCUUGUUAGCUUGAUUAUGAAUUUGAUUAAUUAUUUAAUUCUUGCAAACAAAUUCAACCCUUAGUUACAAUUAAUGAAUAGCCUAAUUGUAAAAUACUAAAUAAUAACUAAUGCAUAUUUUGUUAACAUGGAUAUCUUGAUUCGUUUACCAGUACGUGCAUAAUUGAUUAUAAUAUGAAUAAAUGCCCUAAAAAUUGUAAAAAAUGUGUACUUUCCAAAUGUUUGGAAUGUGAAUUUGGAUAUUAUGGAAACUAGUGUGUGCCUAAAUGUGGAGAUGCUAUUAUAGUUUAGGAAGAGGAAUGCGACGACGGAAGUGAAUACUAAUUAGAUACUUGUUUAAAUUGUAAAUAAUAAUGUCCUCAAUAUUGUAAGUCCUGUGCUUAUGGAGUUUGUACUAAUUGCUUUACAGGCUUCUAUUUGGAUAUUGUAAGUAAUUCAUGUAAUUCUGUUUGUGGUGAUAAGAUACUAGCAAGUGAUGAAGUUUGUGAUGAUGGCAAUGAAUUGAGAUAUGACGGUUGUUACUUGUGUAAAUAUUAAUGUCAAAUGGAAUGCUUAGAUUGCUAAUUUGGAAAGUGUAAAUUAUGUGAGUCUUCUUUAAUGCUCGUAAGAUCAAAAAGUAUUUGUGAACAACGAAGAUCAUGUGAAGGUUUAAAAGGAUUGUAUUAUGAUGACUAUAGUAAUGAUUGUUUGCCACAAUGUGGGGAUGGCAUUGUUGUUGGCCUUGAAUAAUGUGAAGAUUAGAAUAAUAUUCCUUAUGAUGGAUGCUAUUAAUGCAAAUAUUAAUGUCAUAAAAUGUGCUCUAAUUGUCAAAAAGGAGAAUGUUUUGAAUGUUAAAGCGGAUAUUAUUUAAAUGGUCAGUAAUGUAUAACAAAGUGUGGAGAUGGUAUUAAAAUUGGGGAUGAAUUAUGUGAUGAUCAAAAUGAUGUUGUCAGAGAUGGUUGUACGUUUUGUAAAAUUGAUCCUUUGUAUAAAUGCGAGGAAGAUUUAAACUUGUUAACCUUUUGUUACAGAUGCUAAGACAAUUGUGAGGAGUGCGUAUAUAACUUGAAUUUAGUAGAAUGCAAGCGUUGCAAAAGUGGAUAUUUCCUAAAAGAUAAUACUUGUAAUUCAUGUUCGGAAAAAUGCGAGGAGUGCUUCAACACUCCAAACAAUUGCACAGUAUGCUCAACAGAUGGUUGUAAAAAAUGUGAUAAUAUAUCUGGAUUUUAUUUGGAUAAAAAACUAAAAUCAUGUGUUACAAAAUGUGGAGACAAUAUCCUCGCAGGAAGUGAAUAAUGCGAUGAUGGAAAUAGAAACGAUAAAGAUGGAUGUAAUUCGAAAUGUGAAAUUGAAAAAGAAUUCAUUUGCAAAGAGAGUAGCUGUUAUGUUCCACCUAAGAAAUCAAUUGGUUUGUAAUAUACCAACUCCACUACUGCUAGUGAUUUCGAUUUAAUAUUUGAGGAUCUUAAAAUAGAUGGUGUUUGUGAGAAAUUGACGAUUUGGAUAGAGCAAUUCUAACCUAAUGAAUUCAAGUAUGAAGUUUCAUUAAAAGAAAGUGAAAACAAAACAGCAUAAGCUAAGUGUGAAAUCAAAUUUAAUUUCUUUAAAACCAUAAUGGAAUACAAUCUUAUUCAUUUAAUAGUACCAUUAAAGGAAAAUGUCACAAGAGUUCUUGAAGAAGAAACUAGAGAGAUUAUUAUUACACCAAGAAGAUUAGUUUAUUAUAAUCAAGAUUAAAAGGCUCAAGCUUAAAGUGUAGUAGCAGCAUCUUCCACCUUUACUUUUCUACUUUAAUUAAUUGGGCCUUUAACAAUUAUUCUCGGAGGAUUCAAUUUUUUUUGGACAAUCCUGGAUAUAUUGACUUGGAUUAAUAAUUUUUACUUUCUAAAUGUAGAUUACCCCUUAAAUGUUAAGUUAUUUUUCAAUUAACUUCAAUGGGGUGAUGUGAUUAAUAUCCCGGAUGUUAUCACAUUAAAUUCACCAGAUGAUCCAUAUUAUUUUGAAGCACCUCCAAAAUUUACUGAGAAGGAUGUUAAUCCGCUAUUUCUAAACAACAUCUAAUUAUUUUGUGGAUUAAUUUCUCUAGCAAUAUUGGGAUAUUUCUUAUCAAUUUGCAUAGUUUCAUUGAUCUAAAGUAAAUAUUUAUAGAACAAUAUGAAAAUACAUAAAAUAGAAAUAUUUUCAGUCAGCGAGAUGAACAAGAGUCUUGAAAUGAUAUCACCAUAAAAAUCUCAUUAGAAACAAAUUAAUUUAAAAAGUUAAAAAAUGCCCUAUAUUAUCAAUCAUGUAUAUAAUGAAAUCCUGUGGUUUAAAGAGAAUUUUAGGGCAAAGUUAUUUCAAAUCUUAGGAUUAGUUUUUUUGGAUGUUUGUUUGGCUUGUGUUCUUUAGUUAUAAUAUUAAGCACAUGAAGAUUACGUAAUAAUAAAACUGAAUUUUUUGUUGGCAAUUAUUGGAGUUAUAUUUAUAUUGAUAGUGUUUAAAAUGUAUUCUUUUGUUUGUUCAUAACAUGAGAUUUUGUAUGAGAACAAAAUGUUUAAGAAUUAUUAUUCAUCCUUAUAUGAAGGUAUUGAUACUAAAAAGAUAUUGGCUAGAAGUUAUUGUUAUGUCAAUUUAAUGAGAAAAGCCUUUUUUAUAUUUUUUACAGUGUACUUUUAUUAAGUGCCAUUGCUAUAAACGUCAUUAUGUUGUCUAAUUUGCUUUUUGAAUUUAGCCUUGAUUUUGUAUUAGAAUCCAUUUGAAAGUAGAAGUGUGCUUAUAUAAUCAUCAAUACCUGACUUUUGUAUAUUUAUUAUAAUAUUUAUUACUGUUUUGUUGGCUAUUCAUGAUGUAAGCAACAUAUUUUCAUUUGAUCAAAAGUAUUUUAUCGGAUGGAUAAUCCUAUUUUUUAUUGGGUUCUCAAUAUUUAUAUAGAUGAUCUUUUUGUUUUAAUAGUUUUAUAGUAAUAUGAAGGAGAGAUUGAUAUAGUUGAAGGAUUAUUUGUGUAAAUAACCAAGUAACAAAAAUUGA